UCGAUUGCCUGUGAAGUUUGGAGCUUCCGUUUCCAUAAUUAAGUGUAUAUCUCUGAUGGUUUGUAAGUCUUUAUUUGUAUCUUUUUACGUGAUACUGUUGCUGUUAUUCACGUAUGAUGUCCCUAUAUGUAGAGACUUGAUCCUGACAUACAUAUAGGUAGCAUUCGGUUUUGCCUUUAAAACCGGGUGUGACAGAAAUGCCGCACCGGAGUGCGCGGCUGGCUGGGGGCCAGAUACUCUGUUUUAAAAAAAAAUAGAGGCAAGAUACUCUGUUUCCAUGCAUCAUCUGUCAUCAUGCAGUCUUCUGCCGUAUUUGGUCCAACGCGGUUUCCUUGAAAGUCCACGCCCACCCCCGUCCCGUCAAUUUCCUGGAGUUGAGCUUCCACAGGUUUCCUUCCUGGAACUUUCGUUCCACGCGGCUAGGUAGCUUGCAAUAAUGCAAGAUGGUGUUGGGGGCUAGUGGAAUUUGCGCCAUAACUUGAACCACCAGACCUUCAUUCCUAGCAACACCAAGAAAUCAAAGUCUCAAACACUGCCAGUAUCAACUCUGUCUUGUGGUGCCUGUCUGGAUAGCCCGAGUUCUACAUAGGUCAGGUGGUACUGGGAAAGGUAAGAGUUUUACUAAUGUGAAGAGCUCUAGAAAAUUGCUUUUCAUCUUUGCAUAAGCUGGAUAUUAGUAAUCUUUUCGGGGUGCUGACCGAGCGGAUAGCUAGGAGACCAGGCAGGCAGCAUCGCUUCCUCUCUGCCUGCUCAAAGGAGGAAGAGGUGUGAAGCGAAGGCAAAGACGAAAUAAGAUUAUUGUUGUUGCAGUCAACCGCACAAGAGCAAGAUGGCUGACAUUGCAUUGGGCAGCGUGGGGAAGAUCGUUGAAAUCGCGCUCAAGAUCAAGCAGGCCGUGGAGACGGUUAAGCAGAACGAGAAGGAGUGCCGUGACAUCCAGAGGUGCGUUGCCAGGGUCAGCGCUCUCCUCAGGAAGCUUGACGAGAUGACGGAGAUGAUGAAGGAUGAGGUGAUGCGUGACGCGCUGGAGGAUCUGGCCGAAUCCCUGGAACGCGCCCUCAAGCUCGUCACGGAGUGCCAGCGGAAGCGCAUCUUUUGCCGUUUCUUGGGAGCAGGGGACAUGGCCAGGGAGCUGGGCCGGGUCCAGGAUGAUAUAGUAAGGAAACUGCUGCUGGGGAACUUCGCCACCAGUGUCCAGACCAUCACCAUCAUGGUGACAAACAUUCAAUCUGCUGGUGGUCCUCCUCCUCCACCCCCACCCCCACCCCAGCGGGAAGUGAUUAUUGAUGGCUCCACAAAGUUCAGUUCAUCUGAAUUGAAGGCCGCUACAGAGAACUUUUCGGAUGGAAACAAGAUUGGAAGUGGUGGCUUUUGUGAUGUUUACAAGGGUGUCCUGCAGGACGGACAAGUCGUUGCCAUAAAAAGAUUGCAUCGUUUUGAUUUCAUGGGAGGCAACUGGCGAUACGAUGAUGUAAUUACUGUUUUUGGAGAUCUGAAGCACAAAAACAUAAUUAAACCUGUGGGAUAUUGCUACGAAGUGACAAAGUCCGUGAACAGCCAUAAAGGAAGAUAUUAUAUACAUGACCACAUAGAAUUUUGUUUUGUAGAAGGAUACAUGGCAAACGGAAGUAUGGAGAAGAUUAUCAACGGGUCUCGAUUUAUUGGUUGGUCCUGCCGCUUCAAAAUGAUUCAGGGGAUAGCCCAGGGGCUACAUUACCUACAUGAGCAACGUGUCGUCCAUAGGGAUAUCAAACCAGACAACAUCCUCUUCGAUUCUGAUAUGAAUCCUCGGAUCAGUGAUUUUGGCGUAGCUCAAAAGUUGAUCAAUAAACUUAACUGCGAGGAAACCUUGGUUGGCACACCGGGUUACAUGGCUCCAGAAUACCUGUACCGAGGAGCUGUGUCAACGAAGUGCGAUGUGUAUGCUUUUGGCAUCACCCUCCUUGGGACCAUUAUUGGCAGUAUGAUCAUGUCUGCGCCCCCUAAUCUAAGCGAAUUAAUUAUAUGGGCUUUCGAAGCUCGGGAUGAUGUACGGAUGGAGUUGUUUAAACCGUCAUUGUGUUGUUGCGAGUGUCAGCUAAUGCAGAUCAAGAAGUGCAUGGAGGUUGGGCUCCUGUGUGUUGAGAAAGACGAAGAACGUAGGCCCACCAUGGCGGAUGUGCUUGCGAUGCUAAAUGGUGUGAAAGAGUUGCCAGCUCUAAAGCGGCCAUGUGGCAUAAGAAACUUCGAGUAGGACGGAAGCGGUCCAGCAACCUUAUUUGUCCGGAUUGCUUGUGGCUUUAAUUGUCCCUAAACGUGUGCCUCUAAUGAUUUGGCUUGACCGCUUGAAUUACUUUUUACUCCUC